AUAGUCCAUGAGUCCACCAGCAAAGCAAAACAUUCCAGUUUACCUCAGAAUCUCGAAGCGUGCGGUGUCGAUCGUGAAGAGGACAGCCAAAUCUAAAGAUAAGCCUUUGACGAGUGUGGCUACUUGAUACUCAAACUCUUACUUAGUUCUAAGUAACCAAUAUGGGCAGUGUGCGACAUCGAUUGGCGGAAGCCCGUCACGAUUGCAACGUGGUGCUCAUUGGAGACGCCAAAGUGGGCAAGACCGCUCUGGUCAACCGAUAUGUUCAUUCCAAAUUCACUGAGACCUACCGGGCUACCACGUUUGAAAAGAUCUCCAGCACGGCCAUGGUUGCCAAUAGACGAGUUAAAUACACCAUUUGGGACACCACAGGUUCCCACCAAGCCACCGCGACUCGAAAUCUGGCCUACAACGAAGCUGAUGUUUUUCUCCUUUGCUACAAGAUCUCAGACCCGACAACGCUUUUUGCUGCCCUCAAUUUUUGGUGUCCCGAGGUUCGGGCCGUGGCCCCCUCCACUCCAAUCAUCCUAGUGGGAUGCCAGUCUGACAUGAGGAGAGACAGAGACUCCUUGGCAUCAUUGUCCAAGCAGGGCAAAGCCCCCGUGUCAUCUGAUCAGGCAUUGACCUUCAGCCAACAGAUCGCUGCCCUCAUGUACGUGGAGACGAGUGUCCGAUCCUCGGGGAGAACCUCCCAAUCGGCCUUUGAAGUGGCGGCCUUGGCCUCCAUGGGCAAAAUCGUUCCCAAACAUCUGGCCUUGACUCCCUCUCCCAAGAUGAAUAAGAAACAGCGGUUCUCCAUCAUCUCACCGGAAGACUCCUUGGAGCGAGGCGACAACUUUUUCAAUCACAAUUUGGGCUCCGUGGAACAGUUUUGGGACCAAUUCAGCCAUUUCCAGUCACCCAAACUGAAUCGAUCUCACUCCGAAUCGCCCAAGACGCCGAGCUUGGGCAGCUCCAGAUCGGCCAGUUUGAGCUCCAAGACUCGAAGUAGCACCUCCAUCCCAUCCAUUUCGUCAUAUGGUGGAUCGAAAACCCCAAAAGCUGGCAGACGCUCGUCAACGUCGUCAUCCUCGAAUGCCAAAGGUCAAGCCGAGAAAAUGAUAACCAUCAAGUGUCAACGUCUCACCGCCGACAAGACCUACGAAGAAAUCGAGGUAGAGGUGCCAGCCCCCAUUUACGAGACCAUCCAGCUCUACAACGACACAGGAAACUUCACGGCCCGUUGCAAAGAGCGUCGCAGUUUUGGCUCCAAGCUCAAACAUCUCUUCUCCAACAAAAACUGACUCAGAGCUGCCCACAACAACUACUUCUACUGCUAACAACAACAACAACAACAACAACAACAACAACAGCACCGUUGUUCCUACUACCUUGUAGUGAGCAGACGUCGUCGUCGUCGUCAUGAUCAUACCCCCUCAAAUAUCUAGUGUCCAUUGAGGCAGCUAGACUAUUCUCGGAGAGCAUUCAUUCAGAAUUGGGUUUGGCCCCCAAAAUUCCAACCAGAUGACUGAUGAACACAAAGGUGUUUGUUGAUCUGUGAUAUAUUUCUUACUAUUCACCUCACUGGUGUCGAUUCCCGUCAUCGUCGUUCCCCAUCCUCAUCAAUUGGAUUCAAGCCCACGACCCUUUGCAUUUGUUAUCCCUUAUCAAGCAUCAAUUAUUGAAAACGAAUAAAGAUGUCCAAUGAACUUUUUCUCAUA